ACACACACGCACGCACGCACACACACACACUCAGCUCAUUGCGCAGUUUGGAUCAUGUUUAUCAACCGCUGCCCUGUUCCCACGCGGGUAUUUCACGAUUCAAAGCAGUUUCAGGAUAAAGCCGUUUAACCGAUUGAAAACGAGGCGCUUACGUGAAUCUCGUCUGAGUGGCCUGAGUAACGGACGUGAGGGUCAGAUCCCUCCACGAGCUGGACAUCUAUGAUCCCACAUUCAUGUCAUCUCACGGCCGAGGGGCUUCUUCCUGCUGACCCCGAGCAUUCCCCCUCUUCCCAGGGUUUUGUCUAAUUCAUGAGCCAGCAGGAUGCUCCAUCUGUGCGAGCACUCUCCGAGCGCCUCCUCGUCGCCUCGCACAAGGGCCGAGCCGAUCAUGUGGUCCAGCUCAUCAAUAAAGGGGCCAAAGUAGCCACCACUAAGAACGGCAGGACGCCUCUACAUCUGGCGGCAUAUAAAGGCCACAUUGCUGUCGUGAGGAUUCUGCUGGCAGCCGGAUGUGAUCUGGACAUUCAAGAUGACUGUGAUCAGACAGCGUUACACAGAGCAGCGGUGCUGGGAAACACCGACGUCAUGUCUGCUCUCGUACAGGAAGGGUGUGCGCUCGAUCGACAAGACAAGGAUGGCAACACUGCGUUACACGAGACGGCGUGGCACGGCUUCAGUCAGUCCGUCAAACUGCUGGUGAAGGCCGGAGCAAACGUUCACGCUAAAAACAAGGCGGGAAACUCAGCUCUUCAUUUGGCGUGUCAGAACGGUCACGCUCAGAGCUCUAAAGUUCUGCUGUUGGGCGGUUCUCGUCCUGACAGUAAAAACAAUGCAGGUGACACGUGUCUGCACGUGUCCGCGCGGUAUAAUCACGUACACGUGACCCGAGCGCUCCUCGCCGUCUUCUGCUCAGUGACCGAAAGAAAUCAUGCGGGUGACACGGCUUUACACAUCGCAGCCGCUCUGAAUCACAGGAAGACCGUACGGAUGUUACUGGAGGCCGGGGCUGACACGCACAUCAAAAACAAUGUGGCAGAGACGGCUCUCGGUCAGGCACGUGAAAACAACAAUCCAGAGGUGGCGCUGAUGUUAACCAAAGCAUCGCAGAGCUUCAGUCGAGGACGGACGGUGAGGAAGAGGAGGGACAAGAUGAAGACUGAAGGUCGAGCGCAGUCGGUCCCGCGCGAUGACAUGUUACAGAGAAAGGACAGUGAAUCUCCAGCUAAUGACACUCAUCAUGGCAGUGACGGUUCUCUCCUGCACAAUGACAGCAUGUGUGCCACAGACACACCAAACAAAAACCUUGAGAAUAAAGUCAAACAGACGGUGUCUCCAUCAGACGCUCUCAUCAGAAGACACAAACACGGUGAUGUUAAGAAGAAGAGUAAAGCUGACGGAUCAUUUCCAUUGACUGCUCCUCACAACUAUAAAGCCUAUCAGCUCUACACACUUUACAGAGAUCAAGACGGAAAAAUCAUGCAGGCGCCGCUGAACGGCUGCAGAUGUGAACCUCUCAUUAAUAAACUGGAGAAUCAACUCACGGCCACUAAAGAAGAAAUGCAGUCAGAGAUUCACACAGUCCAGCAGCUCAUCAACACAAAGAUGGGGAAACUGGACCGCAGCAACAAACAUCAGAUCAGAGCUCUUGAUAAGAUCACUUCAGAGAGAGUUUCUGCUGAGAGGAUCCAGUGUUUACAUCGCAUUGACAAGAGAGUCACGCAGGAACGACUGGAAGGAGACAAGAGACGGGAUUCUGUGGUCAGUGAUCUGAAGAACUGGUGUCUCUCCAAGAUCCAAAGUUUGGAGACGCGUCUCACCGGUGACCACACUACAUUACGCCGCUCUUCAUCACUGAGUGACACGCGUUCAGAUUGUGAUCAUCAUUUUUACACACCUGUGUCAGAUGCUGUCGGGGGCGGAGCUCUGAGCAGUCAAUCAAACCAGUCGGAUGAGAAAGAGGGGGGCGGGACUGCAGCCACGACCUCAUGUGCUGACGACGGAUCCGCCGGUUACUAUGUGAUUGAGGUGGACGUGUCAUCGGAUGACAAGCAGCCAUCAGAGAAUCAGUCUGCGUGUAUCGUCCGGCCCAAGCGAAGUUCUCGGGCAUGCAGUGACCCUCACAGAGCGCAGAAUGAAGCGCGGGAUUCAGAUGUGACCACGAGACCUCUCCCCAAUCACAGGAAGAAAAGUUCCCAACAAAGAGCAAAGACCAAACACGACACACAGAUCUCAAGAGGAGGCACGCUGGAGGUGACGCAGUAUUUUUUUGAGGCGGUGACUCUGCAGAUGGAGCGCUGGUACGAGAGGAAGAUAGAGGAAGCACGCUGGCUGGCCAAUCAGAGAGCUCGAGCUGACAGAGACGCUUUGAUUGACAGAAUCAAACACCUGGAAGAUGAACUCAACCUGCUGAGGACUAACAAACAAGAGGAGAGCUCAUAAAUAACAACUAACAACUCAAACCACUGACCGUCACUGAACAUUUGUGUUUGCAGACCUGCGUCAAUGUGUCACUGCCAAAGAUGUGUUUAUAAUCUUCUGUGAUCAAACAUUUCUGAUUCUUCAACAUUUGCCGUCAGUGAUUUCAUAGUCAAAUGACACUGUUUGAAUCUUUCAUAGCUUCAGAUAUUGAGUAAAUGUUCCUGGUUAUGUGUUUCCACUCCAUUAUUCUGGUGCAGUAAUAUUUUCAUUUGGUCAGAGACUGAGACAAAACGCAUCACAUCACUGUGAUAUUAACAAGUAUUAUUGUGGUUUUUACAUGUUGGCCAUUUUUAAACAUUAAAUACAUAUUCUAGAAAUCAAAGAUCUUAUGUUUAACAGUUUGAAUGUAGCAAAAGUGUAUUUACAUGCCAUGAAAAUGUGUUUUUAUGUAGACACGUGUUGAUUUUUUUAAUAGGAUAUUACAGGUAAAUGUGAUCUAAUUUAACAUUGAACAUUUAUUUGCAUCAGUCAAGAUAUUUUUGAUUUUUCACACAAUUUUAUCCCCUUGUUUAACACUAUAUUGUGGGGAUGUUAUAGUUUUGUGAUUUACUUUCUAAAUUUACAGAAGGUUUUACUUUAAUCUGAACCUGUAAUAUGUGUAGAUCACUUUUGAGUAUCAUUGUAGCGCCACACAAUGUUAAAUGUCCAUCUAACGCAUAAUACAUCAUUUUAACAUGUUGUUGUUGUUUUUUUACUGUACAUUUGCAUCUACUAGACAACAGCAGUUUACAGUUGUUAAAGGAAUUGAAAAUAUUGUGUCUGUCCUGAGAAAAUAGACGACGAAGUCAUACAAGUGUAUGUAAAAAUUUGUUUAAUAAAUCUUUUUUAAUAACAGAAUAA